AUUUUUUAAAAAGAAUUUUCUUACUAAUUUCAAACAUGAAAUAGUCUUGUUUUAUUGGCAAAUAAUUUUGCUGACCUUUAGCAUUUAUUUCUUAAAAAAACCUGAAGAUAAGAUAAACAGCCAAUAGUCCAGAGUGUCCCGUGUGAUGCAGAAAGGGCCGGUGUGGCUGCAGGUUUUCAUUCAGACCAAGCAGAAGCCACACUGAGAGUUUACUGAAAGCCAACAUCAACCGAUGCUGUGUAGGUGAGGAAAGUGAGCCAGACGUGGGCAGACUGGAAAAAUAACUCUGUAACUGAAGAGGAAAAUGUGGUCUUUCAGGAAGGUUUCUGGUUAGAGUUGAGUAAUCGAAUUCAAGGAAGUGAGCUGGAAAACUCUCACAAGCUUCAUUCUGCACACAGACCCACAACCUGUGACUUCUGCAGAGCUGCCAGGACUCGACUGUUUACUAGCACGCGGAAGUCUACCUGCUAACAUGGGAGCCGUCCUAGCCAUAGUCACUGAGGUGGUUGUGACGGCAAUAGCUUCCGUAGCCGAAGCUGCCGCUACAGAAGCUGCUGCAGCACUUGUAGAGGUUGGAGUGGAAUCUGUUGUGGAGGCUGGAGAAGCUGCAGCCAUUGCAGCAGAGACAGCAGCAGAAACUGCCGCAGAGGCAGCAGCUGAAAGUGCAGCCGAGGCAGCAAGCGAAACAGCAGCGGAGAUCGCUUCCAGCACCGCAGCACAAAUUGCAGCAAAGAUUUUGACCUACGUAGCCAAACUUAGCAAACUUAUAAAAGAAGCGUGUGCAAUCGAUGCCAUUUUUAGAGCUGCGAAAGAAGUUUUAAAACUAAUCUUGAGUGAUCCUUCAGUUGCUGAAACAUACAGGAAGCUGGAGGUAGCUGUGAACAUUUUAGAAACACUCAACCAGAAGAUGAAUGAAAUCACGACCUGGCUGGAGAACCACAAGAAUGACUCCGUAGAACUUGAGGGAAUUGAUGUCCCUUUGGAAUCAGGAGUCCUGGCCAAGUUCCUGCAACAACUCACAGUGGCUCUGGGGAACAUGCAGAGACUCGCAGAUGACAUCAACCAACUCAACCAGAGCAAUCGACCAAUUAAAGAUGCCCAGAUUACAACCAUAAACCGCAGCAUGGUCCGUAUUGUGUCAACAUUUGAGUCUCUCGCUGAGUUCAAAGAAGAAAAACAAAGCAAGAUAGCUGCACUGGCAUCACUUCCUGUCAGUGUGGAGGAAGCGGAGGAGUGGAAGCGUGAGCUGGGUUCUGACGGUGGUCCUACUCUUCAUCUCUUACAUCACACCAUGUACAAAUAUGAGUAAAAGAUCAUGGACUGUCCAGAACCAAAAGCAUAAAAUACUGUCCUGAUUCAUUGCCUGUUGAUUCGAUCAGAAUAUACCCAAGUCUGAUGAUUAUAAUGUUAUUAAUCAGUAUAUUAUCAGUGAAUUAAUAUUGUUAUCAUUUCUUACUGAUACCUUACUUUGUGUAUGGAAAAUUUGGCCAAAGAUAAAAUAACUGUUUCCAUAACAACUGCAGUAAAUGUUUU